AUGCACUGAGGUUUAAUUGUCUGAAGAUCAUUCCUGCUGGAGCCUUCAGCCCUCUGCGAUCUCUAGAGAUGCUGGUUCUGGACAACAACCUUCUUCCCACACUGAGCGCAUCAACUUUUGAUGGCCUGGGCAACUUGCAGGAACUCUACCUGAGGAACAACGAGGUGGAACACCUGCCCCCUGAUGUGUUCAAGAACAUGGUCAAGCUUUCUCAGCUGGCUCUCAGUGGAAACCGCCUGAAGACAGUGGAUGGAAACAUGUUUGCCCAGAUGCCUGAACUGAAGAAGCUGUAUCUCCAUGACAACACAUGGCAGUGUGACUGCAACAUCAUCUCCCUGGUGCAGUGGAUGGGACAGACCAAGGCCACGAUGUCGCCCCGGAACGCCAUGAGGUGCACGGGCCCCCCAGAGCUCCAGAACAAGAACCUCGCUGAUCUUCAAGCUGCCAAGCUUCUCUGUGCCUAAUGCCACUCUGUAUGAAGAGUGUGGGCUCUGGAUCCAUGAGGAUUCAGCUGAAGAGCUGAAAGAAAUGGAAUUUUCUUUUACUCUGUAUACUGAGGCAGUAUUUGUAGAGUGAACUUGUUUGUUAUGCGAUUCCUCAAAGCUCUGAAUAGAUUUCCUUCCAAUAGAUUGUAAGGCAAUAUGUCUCCUUUGCUUUAAGAGCAACAUAUUAAUGUUUUCAGCUGG